ACGUAUGCCGUGUAUUAUAAGAAACAUCAUUUCAACAGAGAGAACUGGCUAAAACCGAUCAUCUGAACACUGAAAUUGUGCAAGAUGAAAGUUAAUGCGACUUUCAACCUAAGUUUUAUCGGGAUAUUUUGUGCUUUUGUUUCGCAAAUCGAUAUGACUGUAGCCGACUGCCCUACCUCAGAGUUGUGGACACAGCUUGUUAGCCAUGUCAUGGAGAAUUUGACUAUUGGCGAUAUAGAUAGAUGCUACAGGACCUGUGCUGCGAAGCCAGGCUGUCAGAGCAUCAACUACUACAAAGAAAAGUCCAUCUGUGAGUUGAAUAGUAGGACAAUCGAAAACACGCCAAAUGCGAGAGUCGCUAACGAAGACUCUGUGUACUUCAUGAUUCCAGAUCCACUCCCUCCAAUUCCUGGUAAGUACACAAAUGGUAUCAAAUAA